AUGUCUUAUUCCAAAUUAAGCGCGAUCAGCUUCGGCACCAACAACUGGUGCUUGAAGCUCCAACCUAUCUAUGACCGCGGCUUGCUAGUAUCCUUGAGCAGUGGCGAUGUCCAAGUAAUCGAUUGGACGAAAAAUGUUGCAGCUCAUACAAUUCACGCUCACGAAAGUCCCGUUAACGACAUGGCAAUUAUCAACAGCGACUCGAAAAGCGGAAGCAUAGUAGCAACUGCAGCGGAAGAUGGCGUAAAGAUCUAUGACCUGAGAUCUAGUGCGCUAGUGGCCAGUCUUAAGAACGACAAAUCUGCCCCUGCACUAUCGCUGGAUUCCAGGCACAAUCUAUUGGCAUACGGUACUGAGCUGAGCGGUGUUGACGCUGAAUUGCAUUUAUACGACAUAAGGUCUUGGAGUAAGCCUUUGCGGUCUCUGGUAGAUUCCCACCACGACGACGUUACCUCCAUCAAAUUUCAUCCUAGCGAUCCCAACGUGCUGCUGAGCGGUUCCACUGAUGGCUACGCCAACGUGUAUGACCUUGUACAGCAAGAGGAGGACGAUGCUCUACACCAAGUGAUAAAUUUUGCCUCGAUCCACUCUUGUGGGUGGUCUGCCUACAACAAAAUUUACACCUUGUCACACAUGGAGACUUUCGGGAUCCAUGCCUUGAAUGACAAAUUCGAAGAGCUCAGUGAGCCGAAGCCAAUUGACUUUGGAGACAUCAGAGGCCAUUGGAAGUGCAACUAUGUGAUCGACGUAUACCCGGGAUUUGUGGCCACGGGUAAAUCCGAAGAGGGCGACGGGGAGCUCAGAAUAAUUCCAUUUCAAAAUGAUAGUGUGGAUCCUGCGUCUGCGGUGAGAAUUCCAAACGCGCAUGGUGAUGAGGUCAUAAGAGAUGUUCUCGUACCCACUGUGAAUCAGGAACUGUUGUAUUCCUGCGCAGAAGAUGGUAAUGUUAAUAUCUGGAAAUCCGAUAACGGUGCUAUCAACGUCCCCAGUGAAUUCUGGAACUACUCUGAGCCUAUGGAUUUGUUCAAAGAUGAAGUGCCACUGUUGGACAUGUCAGAUGUAACUGCUGCGACAGCUGACAGCACUCCAGAACCUGCCAUGACACAUUCCGAAGCGUCGAAAAAUACUAGCAAAAAAGACAAAAAAAAGUCUAAAAAAUCGAAGGGCUCUAAAAGUUCGAAAAGUUCAACGAAACCUUCGUCCAGGGAUCAAAGAUUCCAUCCUUAUUAG